GUCACGACUUUGUAAAAAGAAUAAACAAAGAUCAAUAUGAAAGUUGAAUCGUCAUAAAAGUAAGGAAAACCAUAACGAGAUGGUUCGCUGCCAGGACUGUAGGAUGUCUCGACUGCAUCUAUAUAUUGUGCGUCCUGUGGGUUGCUGUGCAGGCACUCAGGCACUCAGAGGCUCAGGUACUUUCGCACACACAUCUUGAAGUCGCCUAAUUUUAGUCUGAUAAGGUAUACUCCCCGCAAUGCUACGAAAACUACCACCCACCCGUGGACUGGUCCCGAAAGAUAGGAAGCUCCAAUCCGAGGCCCAUGAUAGAACAGCGAAUGUGUCAAUGGCCUUGGCGGAAUUCCCGCCACUUGGUCAUGCUUAAAGCAACGCGAUGCAUGCCAAUGUUCUUGGGAACCCCCUCCAGUCGUUGCAGUCUUGUCAAUUUCGGCUACCAUGAGAAAUCCGUUCAAGGCUUCUGCGGAUACCGCAGUUGAGGUUAUACAACCUGCCAUUAAGGAUGACUUGAGUGAGAAAGCAACAAAGACUCCUCAAGAUGUGGAUGUGUCCGUUGCGGCUGCAGACCUGGACAAGAUCGCCCAUUCUCAUCAGUAUGAUCCUAAUCUCCCGCAGGAGAAGCUGGAUGCCUUGAAAAAAGCGUUGGCCGAUGGAGACGCCAACGAAAUCCUUGAAGUCGACCAUCUUUUCACUGAUGACUCGCCGUACGCAGAAGUUCGCGCGGCUGUUCGCAAUACGGAUGGAGGAGAGAUUGCAAACACGGUUCGCGCCUGGGUCCUGGGCAUGAUCUUCGUCACCAUUGGAAGUGGAAUCAACAUGUUCCUGUCCAUGCGGAGUCCGGCCAUUAGUUUUCCAUCUGUCGUGGUACAACUGCUCGUCUACCCCAUCGGUUGCCUAUGGGCCAAAGUAAUGCCAACUCGAGUGUUCAACACAUUCGGAGUACAGUGGACUCUCAACACCGGACCUUUCACAAUAAAGGAACAUGUUGUCAUCACACUUAUGGCUAAUGUAUCAAUCGGAUAUGCCUACAGUACCGACGCUUUACUUGCCCUCCAAGGCAAGCCAUUUUACAACAUCAAUCUUGGAUGGGGCUUUGCGUUAUUGUUUACGCUCAGCUCUCAGCUUAUUGGUAUCUCGUUCGCAGGAAUGUUCAGGAGAUUCCUGAUAUGGCCGUCUGCCAUGAUGUGGCCAAGCAUAUUCUCCAACACAGCACUCUUCUACGCGUUGCAUGACAAAAGCAAACAGGAUAAGUCGCAAGCCAAUGGAUGGGGGAUCAGCAGAUAUCGAUACUUCUUUUACGUACUCUGCGGUAUGUUCUGCUACUAUUGGAUUCCCGGCGUUUUGUGGCAGGGAUUGUCUGUCUUCGCUUUCGUGACGUGGAUCCGCCCGAAUAAUGUGGUUUUAAAUCAGCUCUUCGGUGGUUUCACAGGGCUAAGUCUGAUCCCAAUUACGUUCGACUGGACAUACGUCAAUGCAUACCUGGGUGACCCUCUUCUGGCUCCGGUGCACACUCACAUCAACACUCUUAUUGGACUGUUUGUGUUCGUGAUUCUCACCAGUAUUGGCAUCACUUACAGCGGCGCCGUCUAUGCCGACUACCUACCAUUGGUGACGUCUCAGACCUACGACAAUACUCAGAGUGCGUACAACGUCAGUCGAAUUCUCAACAGUGACCACACUUUCAACCUCGAGAAGUACACCAACUAUUCACCACUUUUCCUCCCACCCACUUUCGCGCUCAACUACGGACUUUCAUUCGCUGCACUCACCGCUGUCCUUGUCCAUACCGGCCUGUUUCAUGGAAAAGAGAUCUUGUAUCGUUUCAAAGCAGCCCGCAAUCAGGAACCGGAUGUGCAUUUGAAAUUGAUGAAGAAGUAUCCUGAAGCUCCUGACUGGUGGUAUGUGGUAUUAUUCUUCGCAACCACAGCAAUGGGAUUGGCUACGUGUCUCGCCUAUGACUCGCAGCUUCCUUGGUGGGCCUAUUUCGUCUCAAUCAUUUUGGCAUUGGUGUUCGUGAUUCCCACCUCUUCUGUGCUGGCUAUCUCAAAUAUUGCCUUGGCAUUGAAUGUCCUGUCGCCUUUCUUGGCUGGCUUCAUGAUUCCUGGUCGGCCUAUUGGCGUCAUGAUGUUUAAAGUCUAUUCCACAAUCGUUCUGGGACAAGCGCAAACUUAUAGCUCCGAUCUCAAGAUGGCGCACUAUAUGAAAAUUCCUCCCAAGACAACAUUUUGGUGUCAAGUGGUAGCCAGUAUCUGGGCUGUCUUUGUGCAAAUCGCCACCAUGAACUGGACGUUAGGCAAUAUUCCGGACUGCUGCACGACAACUCAGCCGUCCAAGUUCAGCUGUCCCAACGGAAAGGCCUUCUUCUCCUCAUCUAUCGUAUGGGGAGUCAUUGGUCCUCAGCGUAUGUUCGGCUCUGGCGCCAUCUACUCACAGUUCAACUGGUUUUGGUUGAUCGGCGCCUCUCUUCCUCUGAUCAUUUGGUUCUGCGGACGAAAGCUUCGGCUCGGCUUCGCACGUCAUCUGAACGCGCCCAUCAUGCUGGGUGCCAUGGGCUGGCUGCCGCCUGCGACACCGCUCAGUUUCUCGUCCUGGGGUUUGUUCGGACUGCUGUUCAACCACGUCAUCAAGAACAAGUACAGAGGAUGGUGGCACAACUACAAUUUCGUCACCGCGGCGGGUCUGGAUGCUGGGUUGAUCAUCAGUACCAUCGUAAUUUUCUUUGCCAUUACUCUACCCGGAGUCGAUAUUCCACAAUGGUGGGGCAAUGUUGAUGUUUACAACACUUUGGAUGCUUCAUAUGCAGCCUGGCUCAAGACAGUUCCAGAUGGAGAGACAUUCGGUCCGACAAAAUGGUAGUGCUGUUUCGAAGCCGGCAUCGCAACUGAGAGGUCUCUUGUGUUGCGGAAGGAUUUAUGCAUUUACAAGGUGUCUUCAUGGCCCGGC